UUGUCAUUUGCAGAGGAAAAUGCCAGAAAUUCAGUUGGCUAUGCACACCAUUAAAUCACAUGGAGCUAAAGUGGCAAGAAUACAUUUGCAUGACUGGUUAAUUCUUUUGCUUCUUGUCGUCAUUGAUGUCAUCUUGAAUGUGAUAGAGCCGUUUCACCGCUUUGUUGGAGAGGGGAUGCUGACUGACCUCAGAUACCCAAUGAAAGAUAAUACUGUCCCCUUUUGGGCUGUCCCGAUAAUAGCGGUAUUGCUGCCACUGGCGGUCAUUCUUGUCUACUAUAUCAAGCGAAAGGACAUUUAUGACUUUCAUCAUGCUAUAUUGGGGCUUCUAUUUUCUGUUCUAAUUACUGUGGUGAUAACUGAUGCUAUCAAAGAUGCUGUUGGACGGCCACGGCCUGACUUCUUUUGGCGAUGUUUUCCUGAUGGCAAAGGGGUGUUUGAUCCAAUAACAAGUAAUGUUUUGUGCACUGGAGAUAAGAGUGUCAUCAAGCAAGGACACAAAAGUUUCCCCAGUGGACAUGCCUCUGGGUCUUUUGCUGGUCUAACCUUUCUUGCAUGGUAUCUAUCUGGAAAGAUUAAGGUAUUUGAUCGUAGGGGUCAUGUUGCAAAGCUCUGUAUUGUUCUCUUACCAAUCCUCAUGGCAGCUAUGGUUGCAGUCUCACGUGUUGAUGAUUAUUGGCAUCAUUGGCAAGAUGUGUUUGCCGGAGGUCUAAUUGGAGCGAUAGCUGCUUCUUUUUCUUACUUGCAAUUCUUUCCUCCUCCAUAUGAUGCAGAUGGUUGGGGCCCUUAUGCAUAUUUUCAGAUGUUGGCUGAAUCUCAAAAUGGUGCUCAAGUUUCAUCUACGAACAAUGACAUUAUCAGCCCACAAACUGGUGAGAUCCAUAUUGUAAGUAUUCCACCUCAACAUGAUGGGAAUAUUGGUUGAAGCAAUAACUGGGAUUCAAGUUCAACUCCUAUAUUUGAUGGAUCGCAAAAUGCAAGGAGACAAGGACUUCAGUCUCUUAGUGAAGAGACACGUGAAAAGAUCAGAUGUGCAUAUGGUCUGCAGAUUUCUGCUUCUGUAACUUCCUGGAAGACCUGAAAUUGACAUAUGCUCAUUUCCUCAGAUUAGAUAGGAUACUUCCAGUGUUUGAGCUCUGAACAAAUGUGAUUCUGAGAUGAUUACAGAGGAGUGUAUGAUUUUUGAGAAGUUCCUUGAAGAAGGGGCUAAUACGAUAUAUCCUAAAAAUCAAUCAAUUAAAAUAAAUCAUAAAAAUAUGAUACUUUUGUCA